AUGGAGCCGGGGGGUCGGGCCCGCUCGGGUGCCCCGCAGCCGCUCGCCCCGGGGCUGUGCAGGGCUCGGCCGGCGGGCGGCGGGGGCGCCUCCUCCUGGCUGCUGCUGGACGGGACCAGCUGGCUGCUGUGCUACGGCUUCCUCUACCUGGCGCUCUACGCUCAGGUGUCCCAGUCCAAGCCCUGCGAGAGGACUGGCUCCUGCUUUUCGGGUCGCUGCGUCAACUCCACCUGCCUGUGCGACCCGGGCUGGGUGGGGGACCAGUGCCAGCACUGCCAGGGCAGGUUCAAGUUAACAGAACCUUCUGGAUAUUUAACAGAUGGUCCAAUUAACUAUAAAUAUAAAACUAAGUGUACGUGGCUAAUUGAAGGCUAUCCAAAUGCAGUGUUAAGGUUAAGAUUCAAUCAUUUUGCUACUGAGUGCAGCUGGGAUCAUAUGUACGUUUAUGAUGGAGAUUCCAUAUAUGCGCCUUUAGUAGCUGUGCUUAGUGGCUUGAUCGUCCCCGAAGUGAGGGGCAACGAGACAGUGCCUGAGGUGGUCACAACAUCUGGCUAUGCGCUGCUGCACUUUUUUAGUGAUGCUGCAUAUAACCUAACUGGCUUCAACAUUUUCUACUCAAUCAAUUCUUGUCCUAACAAUUGUUCUGGUCAUGGAAAGUGUACAACUAGUGUCUCUGUUGCAAGUCAAGUGUAUUGUGAAUGUGAUAAAUACUGGAAAGGGGAAGCAUGUGAUAUUCCGUACUGUAAAGCCAACUGUGGCAGUCCAGAUCACGGCUACUGUGACCUAACAGGAGAAAAACUCUGUGUCUGCAAUGAUAGUUGGCAAGGUCCGGAUUGUUCUCUGAAUGUUCCUUCUACUGAGUCUUACUGGAUUUUGCCAAAUGUUAAACCCUUCAGCCCUUCUGUAGGUCGGGCUUCACAUAAAGCAGUUUUACAUGGGAAAUUUAUGUGGGUGAUUGGAGGAUACACCUUUAACUACAGUUCUUUUCAAAUGGUUCUGAAUUACAAUUUGGAAAGCAGUAUAUGGAAUGUAGGAGCUGUAUCAAGGGGACCUCUCCAAAGAUAUGGACAUUCUCUUGCUUUAUAUCAGGAUAACAUCUUCAUGUAUGGAGGCAGAAUUGAAACAAGUGACGGCAAUGUCACAGAUGAAUUGUGGGUUUUUAACGUACACAGUCAGUCCUGGAGUACAAAGACCCCCACUGUUCUUGGACAUGGUCAGCAGUACGCCGUGGAGGGACAUUCAGCACACAUUAUGGAGCUGGAUAGUAGAGAUGUUGUCAUGAUUGUGAUAUUCGGAUAUUCUGCAAUAUAUGGUUACACAAGCAGCAUACAGGAGUACCACAUCUCAUCAAACACUUGGCUGGUUCCUGAAACUAAAGGAGCCAUUGUACAAGGUGGAUAUGGCCACACAAGUGUGUAUGAUGAAGUAACCAAGUCCAUUUAUGUUCAUGGAGGUUAUAAAGCAUUACCAGGCAAUAAGUAUGGAUUGGUGGAUGACCUUUAUAAGUAUGAAGUUAACACCAAGACUUGGACUAUUUUGAAAGAAAGUGGGUUUGCCAGAUACCUUCACUCAGCUGUCCUAAUCAAUGGAGCUAUGCUUAUUUUUGGAGGAAAUACUCAUAAUGACACUUCCUUGAGUAACGGUGCAAAAUGUUUUUCUGCCGAUUUCCUGGCAUAUGACAUAGCUUGUGAUGAAUGGAAAACAUUACCUAAACCAAAUCUUCAUAGAGAUGUCAACAGAUUUGGACACUCUGCAGUAGUCAUCAAUGGGUCAAUGUAUAUAUUUGGUGGAUUUUCUAGCGUACUCCUUAAUGACAUCCUUGUGUACAAGCCUCCGAACUGCAGAGCUUUCCGUGAUGAGGAGCUCUGUAGAAAUGCUGGUCCGGGGAUAAAAUGUGUUUGGAAUAAGAAUCAUUGUGAAUCUUGGGAGACUGGGAAUUUGAAUAAUAUUCUCAGAGCAAAGUGCCCCCCUAAGACAGCUGCUCCUGAUGACAGAUGUUAUAGAUAUGCAGACUGUGCCAGCUGUGCUGCCAACACAAAUGGGUGCCAGUGGUGUGAUGAUAAGAAAUGCAUUUCAGCAAACAGUAACUGCAGCAUGUCUGUCAGAAACUACACCAAAUGUCAUGUAAGAAAUGAGCAGAUUUGUAACAAACUUACAAGCUGUAAAAGCUGUUCACUAAACUUGAAUUGCCAGUGGGAUCAGCGACAGCAAGAAUGUCAGGCUUUGCCAGCUCACCUUUGUGGAGAAGGCUGGAAUCACGUUGGGGAUGCUUGUCUUCGAAUCAAUUCCAGUAGAGAAAGUUAUGACAAUGCAAAGCUUUAUUGCUAUAAUCUCAGUGGAAAUCUCGCUUCUCUGACAACUUCUAAGGAGGUAGAAUUUGUGUUGGAUGAAAUACAGAAGUACACACAGCAGAGAGUGUCCCCUUGGGUAGGCUUGCGCAAGAUCAACAUAUCCUACUGGGGCUGGGAGGACAUGUCUCCAUUCACAAACACCACGCUGCAGUGGCUUCCCGGGGAGCCCAAUGAUUCUGGGUUCUGUGCUUAUUUAGAGAGGGCCGCAGUGGCAGGACUGAAGGCAAACCCUUGUACGUCCAUGGCAGAUGGCCUCGUUUGUGAAAAGCCUGUCGUCAGCCCAAAUCAAAAUGCAAGGCCGUGCAAGAAGCCGUGCUCCCUGAGGACCUCGUGUUCCAACUGCACGAGCAAUGGCAUGGAGUGCAUGUGGUGCAGCAGUACAAAGCGAUGUGUGGACUCCAAUGCUUACAUUAUUUCUUUUCCAUAUGGACAGUGUCUGGAGUGGCAGACGGCCACCUGCUCGCCUCAAAAUUGUUCUGGAUUAAGAACCUGUGGCCAGUGCUUGGAACAGCCUGGAUGUGGCUGGUGCAAUGACCCCAGUAACACAGGGAGAGGACACUGCACGGAAGGGUCCUCACGGGGACCCAUGAGACUUGGUGGAGCACAUAAUGGCGGCGAGGUGGUUCUUGACACCAGUCUUUGCCCCAAAGAGAAGAACUAUGAGUGGUCUUUUAUCCAGUGUCCAGCUUGCCAGUGUAAUGGGCAUAGCACGUGCAUCCACAACAGUGUCUGUGAGCAGUGCAAGAACCUCACCACCGGGAAGCAAUGUCAGGACUGCAUGCCAGGGUACUAUGGAGACCCCACCAACGGAGGGCAGUGCACAGCUUGCACCUGCAGUGGCCAUGCAAAUAUUUGUCAUCUGCACACAGGGAAAUGUUUCUGCACAACAAAAGGAAUAAAAGGUGACCAAUGCCAAUUAUGUGACUCUGAAAAUCGCUAUGUUGGUAAUCCACUUCGGGGGACAUGCUAUUAUAGUCUUCUGAUUGACUACCAGUUCACCUUCAGCUUGUUACAGGAAGAUGAUCGCCAUCACACCGCCAUCAACUUCAUAGCAAACCCAGAACAGUCAAACAAAAAUUUGGACAUUUCGAUUAAUGCUUCCAACAACUUUAAUCUCAACAUUACCUGGUCAGUUGGCUCAACAGGAGGAACAAUAUCUGGGGAAGAGACUCCUAUAGUUUCUAAGACAAAUGUAAAGGAAUACAGAGAUAGCUUUUCCUACGAAAAAUUUAACUUCAGAAGCAAUCCUAAUAUCACAUUUUAUGUGUAUGUCAGCAACUUUUCCUGGCCUAUUAAAAUACAGAUUGCGUUUUCGCAGCACAACACGAUCAUGGAUCUUGUGCAAUUCUUUGUCACCUUCUUCAGUUGUUUUUUAUCCUUACUGCUGGUGGCUGCUGUGGUUUGGAAGAUCAAACAGACUUGCUGGGCUUCUCGACGGAGAGAGCAACUGCUUCGAGAGCGACAGCAGAUGGCCAGCCGUCCCUUCGCCUCUGUUGAUGUAGCACUGGAAGGAGGAGCUGAACAGACAGACUUUCUACGAGGGCCAUUAGAGGGUGCACCUAAACCAAUAGCCAUAGAACCCUGUGCUGGGAACAGAGCUGCCGUCCUGACGGUGUUCCUGUGUCUACCGAGAGGAUCAUCAGGCGCUCCGCCCCCUGGGCAGUCAGGACUUGCUAUCGCCAGUGCCCUGGUAGACAUCUCACAGCAGAAGCCUUCUGACAAUAAAGACAAGACUUCCGGAGUCCGCAACCGGAAACACCUCUCCACACGUCAAGGAACUUGUGUCUGAGUGGAAACCACUUCUGUGCUGUGUGCUGGUUUCCUUCACAAAUGGCUUCCGUUAAAGCUCUUCUGUGGCCUUGGGUUUUACAGAGGUUAAUGUCCUAGGAUCCAGGGCCCAAGUAUAGUUCCCUCUAAGUGGGCAAUGUCCCAAGUGGCCAAAGAAUGCCAGUGAGUUUUUUUUAAAGUAACAGUAUUGAUGGUCACAAGUGUUAAAGUCAGUUUUCAUGGCUCUCUUAGGCUUAGAGCAACAUAACUUACUAUGGAAAAAGAUGUAUAUUGUUUCUUAAUGCAGAUGGAAAUAUGUAAUUCAUAUAAACCAACUGUUUAUAUCCCAGGACUUUAAAGAAAGACAUUUUAUAAUGCCUGAAUGAUGAGAAAUGGACAGUUUUUGCCUCAUUAGCAAACGUAGGUCAUUUGCAUACGAGUGGGAAGUGAACAGAUCAUGGAAGCUGUAACUGCUGUUUUGUCUCAUUAUAAAUAUGAAAGCAAGGCUUUUAUUUAAUAACGUGUAAGUCAUGUGUUUAAAUUCUCCACAUGACCACAUAGUAUCCAGAGUCAAUUUGAGAAUGUAACAAUUUUCAACUAAUGGGAACCCGGACCAGAGAGUUGGUCUGGAUGGUGUGUGGCAGGAGGUUUGUUAGAAUUUUGAGUGUGGGGAAUGUUCUUGAAAGGACAGAGCACAGGAAAGACUGCCUGGCAAUCAAGUCCCUUCCUUCCACAAACAGCCUCCGGUUCAACAACAAGAAGACAGCCAGAACAGCCGUUGGAUAGCAGAGUCUCUGGUACAAAUGGUGAUGCUUUGGUUGCCUGGGAAUCACCGUGCGGUACCAGGCCAGAGUGUGCCUCUGAGUGUUCACCAGAGUGGGUCAUUUUCUUCUAGCUGGUCUUCUGUUCCCUGGAUUUCAGUGACCUUCUACAAGUGUUACAAAAUGUAUCUUAAAGGUAACACUUUCCAAGCUCCCCGCUACCACCUCCUUCCUGUAGAAUGUGAGCACACAGGAGCCGGCCAGCAUGCCUCAGCAAAUUUCCCAUCCCCAAGGCAAUCACCAUGUGGGGAGAUGUCCACAGUCCAAAACCAUAUCCAUUGCUGGCCACAUCCAAAACAUUCCUGAUGACACAAAGCCCCGACUAACAGUAGAAAGGAAAGACAGAAGGACAGCUCUCAUGUGGGACAGUCAUUUGUGUGCUGAUACCGACCGAAGUUCACUGAAGUUCAGUCUGGAGUGGCCAUGGUUGACUUCAGAGUGACCACGGGAGAGAUGAGAACAAUGAACAAGAUACCCAAAGUUGCUGCAUACUCUGUAGUUUUGUUUAAUAUCAGAGUCAUUACAUCUAAUCAGUGUUCAGUACUGUAUACAUACUUUUCAUGUUCUUUGGAAUUCUGGAGGGCGAUGACACUUUACAAUUAAUGCCUAGUUACUUGCAUGCCAUGGUUGUACAUUAGCAGAAUAUGACCCUAUUGCAAUAUUGAAUAUUUAUUUCAAAUUCCAUGUAUACAUAGCUUAAUUUGAUGAGGACUGAGUGUAAUAUGUCACAGAAAUGACCACAGAAUAUGUAGCUGCAUCUUAUAAAACAUAGUUAGGUCACAUCUAACCAUGAUUGUCUUAUUUUGAUAUCUAGCCUUUUGAAUAUAGUAUAUAUUCUUUAUGUUAGCAUGAUAAGUUACUCUAUUUUCCAUGCACUCAAAAGCAGAUGAAUUUGUAGAAUAGUUUUAGUAAUUUUCUCUCAGCCUGUGGGGUUUGGGUGGGAGAGGGAGGGCUGGUUAUUGGUACUUCCCAGGAUGUUUUCUCUCAGAAAACUAGUUGAGCUGAAUUUUUAAAUGUCUCCUAAAAACAAUCAAGUAAUUUGAUCAACUUCUUUUAGACAUUUUACAUGUUGAAUUUUCCCAUGAAAUAAUAAAUUGGCCAAACUGGUCAUUAUAAAGAUCUAGUCAUUUGAAAAUAAAGAAAUUGCUCAUUUUGUUGAAUCCCCAACAGUUGUCUCUAGAGAAAGCUCAUACAACAAAGGUAAAGUGCACCAGACCUGUCUGAGUCAUCCAAGCCGCCAGCAGUCAAUGCCCGUGUGGAGGAGCUGUCCAGUCUCAUCCACUGUGAAUCCUACAGGGUUCUUAACACUUGAAAAUCUGAAUUUUAGAGAAUUAUGGAAUUUAAUGCAAUGUCACACUCUACCGUUAACUCUGUGGCCAAUUAUGCAAUAUAUCUUCAGCUUAUAAAACUUUUUACUGGAAAUAAAAUUCUUCACCCCUAGGUGAAGUGAACCAAAA